AUGAACACAGUAGGUUCUGAGCCUUGUGCAUUUGCGGGACCCGUUCAUGAGUGCACGACAUCUAUUUCGCUCCUGGUUUUGGGGCGUGACAGAAGCCAAUGGCAACUCCCUUGGUUCUUAAUGAAAAAUAUAUGAUUAAUGAUGGAAAAGAGAAGGCAAAUUCUUCUCAAUAUAGGAGCUUAAUUGGCAGUCUGCUAUAUUUAACAACUUCAAGACCAAAUUUAAUGUAUUCAGUAAGUCUUCUUUCCAUGUUCAUGUCCUCACCUAGUCAUACUCAUUUUUCAACAGCCAAAUGAGUUCUCAGGUACCUAAAAGGAACUUUUGAUUAUGGUAUCUAGUAUGAAAUGGGUUGCAAAAGAAAGCUUGAAGGUUAUGUUUACAGUGAUUGGGCUGGUUGUGAAGAUAAUAUGAAGAGCACAACUAGUUAUGUCUUUUCUUUUGGUUUUGGAGCAUUUUCUUGGAUUUCAAAGAAGCAAGAUGUGGUAGCACAAUCCACGGCUGAAGCAAAAUAUGUUGCAUCAUCUGCAGCUACAAAUCAGGCUAUAUGGUUGAGGAAAAUGUUGGUCGAUUUGGGUUUUAAUCAAGAUGAAGCUUGUGUUUUGAAGAUUGAUAAUAUGUCAGCAAUUGCAAUAGCUCAAAAUCCAACUCAACAUGGAAGAACAAAGCACAUCAAGGUGAAAUAUCAUGUCAUUAGAAAUUUCAUCAAGGAAAAAGAAAUUAGUUCAUAGCACUGUGAUUCAGAAAAGUAGAAUGCUGAUAUCCUGACCAAAUCCCUUCCUAAUCCAAGAUUUGAGAAGUUGAAAGAAAAGCUCAGAGUUCCAAAGCCAAACACCAAGGAGGAGUGUUAGAAGUGUUGUUUGCAUUGUAACUCUCCUUAAUUAAUGUAGUAGGAGUAUUUAAUAGUUGGUUGGGGGGUUGAGAUGUGAUGCUUAGACUGUAAAAUGCAUUUGGAAGAAAAUGGUGUAGAUUUGUCAACUCUACAAAAAACAUGCAUUAAAUGUAAUUCUUUGUACAGUUGAGAGAUACUAAGCAAUGUAAUCCUUUUUUUUAUUUAAGCUGCACUUGUAUGAAAAAUCUAUAGAAGAUGAAGAUGAAAUGAAAAAGAGAGAGGCUAGAAAAAUGAAAAUCCAGACCUGUA